AUGAAUCCAACACCUAUGCUAACACAUCCCAUUCCUAUGUCCACCCGCCCCACACUUAUGCCCACCAUUCCAACACCUAUGCUAACAUAUCCCAUUCCUAUGUCCACUCGCCCCACACUUAUGCCCACCAUUCCAACACCUAUGCAAACACAUCCUAUUCCUAUGACCACUUACGACACAUAUGCUUAUCCGUUUAACAACUAUGUCUAUCCAUCACGCACCUAUGCUUACCCGACUCACACCUAUGCUUACCCGACUCACACCUAUGCCUACCCGACUCACACCUAUUCCUACCCGUAUCACAAUUAUUUCUACCCCUAUCACACUUAUUCUGACACAUACCAAACUUAUGCUACACAUCCCACACCUAAACUUACACGUCCCACACAUUUGUCAACCCACCCACCACCGAAGUCUACCCGUCCCAUACUUAUGCCUACUCGACCUACACUUAUGCUUACUAACCCACCACCGAUGUCUACCCGCCCCAUACUUAUGCCUACCAGACCUACACCUAUGCUUACUAUCACACCACCGAUGUCUACCCGACCCACACCUAAGCUUACCCGUCCGACCCCAAUGACCACACGUCCCACUCCUAUGCGUACAAGUCCUACACCUUUCCAUCUCACACCUACAACACAGAUUAAUUUAAUCAAGAAUGAAAUGCAAGAAAAUACAUCCAACACUGUUAAAAAACAAUCAUCUCCAAAGGCCUUGGUGAUACUGGUCUUAAAAUAUCAAUUACUACGGUAUCGGUUUACUUAUUGGGCCCGUAGGGGAGUAAAGGGAACCAACAGGAUCAAUUUUGAAGGCUUUUUACAAAAUGUAACAAAAUUUUAUGAGGAUAAAUAUCGCCGGUUUGGUCGCAUAUACGGCGGUUACGGUAUUACCAGCACGUGGUUAAUAAUCAACGAACCGGAACUAAUCAAAGACAUUACGGUAAAAAAUUUCCACAUAUUCCCGGAUCACCUGGACUUCAAUCUGGGAACCACUCAACUCUCGAAAGCGUUGUUUUUCUUGAAAGGCGACGACGAGUGGAAAAGAGUUCGCUCUAUAGUCAGCCCUUCCUUCACGUCGGGGAAACUGCGGGCAAUGAUGGCCAGCAUAUCAGACAUUGCCGACCAGUUUGUCACUAAUUUGGACGCGUUUGCCACGAGUGGCAAAACAGUAGAUAUGCGCAAAUACUUGGGCGCGUUUGCAAUGGAUGUGAUCAGUGCCUGCGCUUAUGGUAUAAAUGUUGAGUCCAUUAAUAAUCCCAAUCAUCCCAUUGUUGUCAACGCUAAGAAGAUAUUGUCUGUGGACUCGAGUUUUAGCUACGCCCUGUCCAUUCUGGCCCCACCCAUAGCCCGCAUGUUUAGUGUCGAGCCCUUCAAUAUAACUGCUAUUAAAUAUUUUGCAAAACUCACGGAGAAAAUAGUGGAGGAGAGAAAAAGUGCUGCAAAAACAAAUUCUGCGAAAAAGAGAUCAGAUUUUAUACAAUUGAUGAUCGAUAACGAGAGCACUGAUAAAGACAUGGAUUCACACGAUUAUACUGAAGAGGAUCUAAAAAUAUUGGGCGAAAUCGUAAACAAUAGGACACGUAAUCAGACGUUGAGUUUGGAUGAGAUGACGGCUCAGGGAAUACUGUUUUUCAUCGCCGGUUACGACACGACCAGCGCUUCGCUCUCUCAUGUCGUCUAUUAUUUGUCUCAAAACAAAGACANGGGAAUACUGUUUUUCAUCGCCGGUUACGACACGACCAGCGCUUCGCUCUCUCAUGUCGUCUAUUAUUUGUCUCAAAACAAAGACAAACAACAGAUUCUGAGGGAAGAACUCAACGCUUUGGACACAGACUUCACCAUGUUUAUUGUCAAAGGCAUAACCAUAGAGGCUGGAACUACUGUUGAACAUCACCCAUAUAUAAUUCACCGACUACCCGAGCAUUUUCCCGACCCUGAUCAAUUCAACCCCGAACGGUUUCUUAACCCAACACAUCAUCCGUACGCAUACCUGCCCUUUGGUGGCGGCCCUCGACUGUGCGUUGGUAUGAGGUUUGCUUUAAAUGAGAUGCGAAUGUGUAUCGCAAAGAUUGUACACAAGUUUGAGUUCACACUCGCGCCCGGAUUUGAGAUGGAGUAUUUUAAUGGUAGCGUUUUAUUGACUCCAAAACAAAAUUAA